AUGGGCAGAUGUGCUGAGUGGGUAUUGUGGCGCCCCGAUCCCUUAUCGGUGCUCCCCACGAGACCACCAGGACGGCCGAGCCCAUCGACACCGGCGGCCGCUGGGAAAAGUGGUGAGUGGGCGGUACCUAGCAAACCCCUGUCUAGAGACGUUCAGGACCCUGGACAGCCCCCCGGCAGACCAACUGAGGCGACAACCGGCAGCACCAUGGACAGGGCUGCAGCAGAGGGAAGAAGAGGGUGUGAAGACCUGGAGCGGAGCACUGAUACCCCGACCGGGAAGACUUUUUAGUUGGUUUUGGCUCCCCCUACCCCUACCCCCACUCCUUACAAUUAUUAAAGACCUUUUUUGUUAAACACUACCUCUGCCUCACCGUGCUGGUUCUUCCGUCACUCAACCCCCCGUUGGCUGAGAGAGUUCACACAUGGUGGAGGAUGCGGGCAUGCUAACUCCACGCUACGGGGUGACGGAACCAGACAGAAACCAGCUCUAAAAAAAAAAAAAAAAAAAAAAA